AUGCCAUCCAAGAGCUAUCCUUAUCGCCGGAGUUCAAAUGCCUCGGAAGAUGAUUUCUUCGAUAUCCCCGACGAACCAGUUCUGUCAAUAGCCAAGCGACAGCUCCGUCGCAUUCGAACAUGGGUCACACUCGCCAUCCUGGUCCUGUUUAUCAUGUGGCUGCGCCGUGAACCACCUCCGCCACCACCUUUACCCCAUAUUCAUUACGAUGAGGUGGACUGGACACGUUAUGCAUAUACCCAGUAUGCCACCUCCGAGGUCUACAUGUGCAAUUGCUUGAUGGUGUUUGAGGCAUUGCAUCGACUCGGGAGUAAAGCCGAUCGCGUCCUGUUUUAUCCUGAAGAGUGGGAUCUCAUUGUUGAAAGCGAUACGGAUCGCGUGAGCCAGCUAUUGUUGGAGGCCAAACUUGAGUACAAUGUGAUACUCAUCCCUACCAAGAUCGAGGGGAUCAAGGACCCAUCUGGCGCUGGAUCCGAGUCCUCAUGGGAUACCAGUAACACCAAGCUCCUGGCUUUUGGCGAAUCCCAAUACGAGCGAGUCAUCCACCUCGACUCCGACGUGCUCCUGCUGCAAACCAUGGACGAGCUCUUCUUCCUCCCUCCCACCACCGUCGCAAUGCCUCGCGCCCACUGGCUCCUCCCAGAAGCCAAGAUCCUCUCAUCUCUCCUAGUCGUCAUCCAGCCUUCCUAUCACGAAUACCUUAUUGUAGCUGGUGCCGCGGAACCCGCACUGAACGGUCAAGUCAAGAUGAAUCUGACCGAUCAUCGGUAUGACAUGGAGCUAUUGAAUGAACUAUACGGAGACUCGGCGAUGGUUCUCCCGCACCGGCAAUAUGGGUUGCUCUCGGGCGAGUUCCGCGCCAAAGAUCAUACUCGAUUCCUGGGAAAUGACCACGAGCAGUGGGAUCCCGAUCGCGCGUUGGCAGAGGCCAAGUUUGUUCACUUCUCAGAUUGGCCUAUUCCCAAACCUUGGAUCAUGUGGCCGCAGGACAUGCUGGCGCGGGAACAGCCCAAGUGCGACGAGAACCCUGGGACCGCGUCGGAGAGUGGAUGUCGAGAUCGUGAGGUCUGGAAGAUGCUCUAUGAUAAGUAUCGGAGGAAUCGAAAGGAGAUCUGUAAAUUGCUCAGCUAUCCCGCGCCGGUCUGA